AUGCGACUCAAGAUGGAGCACGCGGAGCAGAUGGAGGAAGAGGACAAAGACAAAACAUCUGAAGACCUCUCAGGACAGAGUCAGCUGGAGGAAAAUAUCUCUAUUCAUACCAUCUGGCGCAGCCCCAGCCUGCUGAGACUCAGCCAGGAGGUGCCCGGCUCAAACGGCAGCAUGGCCCGAGACGCCAUAGGAGGGGCAGAUGACCACCCUCAGCACGCGUCUCCUGCCCCAUCAGCGGACUCAGACGUGGAGCCAGCAGCUUUUUGCCUGGCCGGAGGUCCUGGGGACCAGGGGCACAGCCAUGGCUGUCGUGUCUUCCUCACCCUAGCUGCGCUGGGCAUUGUCCAGAACACACUGCAGCCGGGUGAAGAGCUGCACGUGGCCACGUACAGGCUCGUGCAGCACCUCGCACAGCAGCUGAGCUGGAAGAUGACUCAGCUGCUGCAGGAUAUAGAGCAGACCCAGGAGCAGAAUGGGGUGGCCAGGAAAGUCUUGCUCCUCGCUACCUCCCAGCAACGGUGGUUCUGGGCCUCUGCUCUUGGGGCAGGAGCCCUGCUCCUGCUCCUGUGGCUCUGCUGGAGGACCAGAAAAAGGAGCCAUAAGCCAGGAAGUGGCUGCAAGCAGGUCAGCCCUGGAAGUCAAGGCGAGGAGGAGGAGGAGGAGGAGGUAGAAGAAGACGGCGACGAUGACGACGACUCUGGUGGCACAGGGGAUCUGGGCAGAUGUGUGGUCGAUCGCAUCCAGUGGCCAGUGUCGUACAUGGCUGACACGUGCAAGUUGGUGGAGGAGCUGGUAGAUGAGCUUCUUAGUGCCUGCCAAAGACUUUCCGGGAAUAACUUCAAGCCACGGCUGCAGCCAGCCAUUGGGGUGGGCUGUGUCUAUGAAGGGUGGAGUGCCUGGGAGGACAAUGUCCUCUACCGCCUGCUCGUGCCCCUGCAGCCUCCCCCUGGGCACGCCUUCUGCUUGGAGCCGGGCACCGCAAAGGAGACGCUGACCAGCGACUCCUGCCUCCGUGUGCAGCUGCAGUGCAUGUGCCUAAGGGAGCAGCUGGUGGAGGACGUACUGUGCUUCCUCCACCACAGCAAGGAUGAGCUGAAAAGUCAAGGCCCCAGCCUUCUCAACACCCUUUGCACCGACUCGUACUUAGACAUCGAGAAAACCGCCUGCUGGUUCCAGAUGUUGGUGAAAGACGCCUGGAAGCUUGUGCCUCAGUCACGCUGCUGCCAGCUGACAGUGCUGCCUACUACACGCUCCUGCAAGCUCAGGCUAACGAAUGGACAGGAAACCUUGUCCAUUCAGGUGAUUUUUGUGCCGCUAGACGACUCAGACUCCUUCCUGAGCCUUGAGUAG